UUCAGUCUCUGUUCUCCUCACAUCUCUGUUGUCGUCUCAUCUGGACAGUAAAGGACGUUUACUCCACACACUGACAACAUGCUGGUGACCCUCUGCACUCUCAUCACUGCUCUAACAUAUGUUGAUGCAGUAACAGUCCUGACACAGACGCCUGCUGUCCACACAGUUUCUGCAGGACAAAAGGUUGUUCUCACCUGUAAAAUGGACAGAUUAGAUACUCAAAAUAUCGUCUGGUAUAAACAGGUUCCUGGUGAAGCUCCUCAGUUUGUUCUGUACUUUUAUCAUAGUCACAGUUCACCCACUUAUGGAACAGGAUUCUCCUCUGAUCGAUUUAACUCUAAAUCUGUAUCAAAUAUGGAGUACCAAUUUAUCAUUAAACGUGCAGAGGUAGGAGACACUGCUCAGUAUUUCUGUGAGAAAUGGGACAAUGCUGCUAAGGUAGACAUAUUCGGACCAGGCACCAAGCUGACUGUGACAAGCUCCAGCGUCCCUCCUCCUGUCCUGACAGUCUUCCCUCCGUCCGCUGCUGAGCUCCAGUCCAACAAAGCCACUCUGGUCUGUCUGUCCAGUCAGUCUGGGCCUUUUGCACAUGUGACCUGGUUGUCUGCUGGGAGUCCGCUGAGCACUGGGAUCUCUACCAGCACCGCUGUUCAGCAACCAGACCAGACUUUCCAAAUCAGCAGCUACCUGUCCAUCCAGACGUCAGACUGGAACACAGAUCAGGUUUACACAUGUAAAGUGUCUGUGGGCUCCCACACUUCAGAGAAACACAUCAACAAGUCAGCGUGUCCCACUGAGCAACAGUAGAGGACCAGAAGCACCAUCUGAAACCUGCUUGUGCACUGUUUGAGCUGUGUGGUCUGAACAAGGUUUAGAUGAUACACAACAUGUGUCUGCAUGCUUACAAUCAAUGUUGGAACAGAUGGAGAUAUUUCCAUUCUUUGUAUAAAAUGAUGCAUUCAAUAAAACUGCUUUCAUUCAA